GAUUACCAGUCCUCUCUUCUGACGGAGGGGAGGAAAACGACACAAUUAAUCUAUGGCUGCACCGCACGCCGUGCCCCGGCUGCCACCUAGCGCCCAGUCCUGCGGGGACAACAGGGGACGUCCGGAUGUGCGAACCAUCCCCAUGGUCCACGCGGGGCCCCAAAAAGCCCGCGUGAAGCAAGCAGCGUGACGUAACAACCCCGCGGCGGGGCGGGGGGGAGGCAUCUGGGGAGGUGCUCCCGUGUUUCCUCCUCCUCUUCCUCCUCUUCUUCUUCCUCCUCCUCCUCCUCAUGCCGCGCGCAGGAUGCGCGGGGUCUGCCCGGGGCUCUGCCUGGCGCUGCUGGUGGCGGAGCGCGGAGCGAGGCUUUGCACCAUCAUCCAUUAUCUUUCCCAUGGACAGCUGGGCUGUUUUGGGGGGACCAUCGCCUGCCUGGUACCUGGCUAUGUGGCUCAGCUCCUCAGCAUCCUCUGGUUGAAGGCAGAUGGACACCCUCUGGGCUGCAGGGUCCUGGUCCUCCACAUCCUACAGUUUGGCCUCUGGAAGCGGUACUGGGAUAUUUUGUGGAUGGAGGUGAAGGCAAACAGCAGUGCGGAUACUGGGGAGAUGCUGAUGCAGCACGCGGAUGUAUGUGUGCUGCGGCUCCUGGAAGCCCUUCUGCAGAGUCUGCCUCACCUCCUGCUGCAGGUGUACGUUGUUGUGGCCAGUGAGCCAGCCAGCCUCAUCCCUGCUGUCAGCGCUGGGCUGUCCCUGCUGUCCCUCUCCUGGGCUUUGGUCUCCUACAGCCGCUCCUGCUGCCUGCUGAGACCCGGCCACACGUGCCUGCCGGCCGCAGCCCUGCUCUGCCUGCUGCUCUGGAGGACAGGGAUGCUGACAAGCAGGGUCCUGGCCCUGGUGCUCUUCGCCAGGCUCUAUUCCUGCUGGGUUCUCGCAGUGGCAGGCACCCACUGGGUGCUGAUGUCCUUCUGGCUGGUGGCCCUGCAGAGCGACAUCGUGGCCCAGCCCUGCCGCUGGAGGCUGUUCAACAUUGUGCUGGGAGCCGUGUACGUCUUCUGCUACAUCAACGUCCAGCCCAGUCCCUCCAAGCACCGCAUGGCUGUGUUCUACGUGGUAAUGCUGAUGGAGAACACACUCCUGCUGCUGCUGGCCACCGAAUUCCUGCGGGCAGAGACGGGGCACAGCCUGCGUGUGAGCGGGGCUGCCAUGGCGGGGGCUGCCCUCGGUGUUGCAGCCAUGGUGGUUUAUUACAGCCUGCUCCAUCCCAAAUCCACCGAGAUCUGGCAGGGCGUCCUGCACAACUCCAGCCGUGUUGCUGGCAGUGACCGGGCUGAUGAGAGUAGCUCCCAUUUGAGACAGAGCCGGGGAAUUUCAGGAAAUGGGGAAUCCUUGGCUACAGAAAGGACCAUGAUACCUCCCAAAACAGGGAACAGCUCAUCGUUCCUCCAGCUUGGAGAGGGUUCGGAGGAUGGAUGGACAGAUCACCACCAUUGGCUGCUGGUGAAGUUGGCCUUGAAGACGGGAGACGUGUCGAAGAUCAACGCAGCUUUCGGCGAUGCUGGUGUGGGAGAGCUUUACCCCGAUGGGUGGGCGAUGGGAAAACCCCAACCUGGGGCAGAGCCUUCCCUCCCCACAAAGGAAAUCGCUCCUCUGGGCUUUGGAUUGGGUCUAUUAGAGGAGAAGUCACCGGUGGUGAGGAAUGGAGGAGGCAGCAAACACGAAGUCGGUGCUGGAAGGGACAGAGUGGGGCAGGAGGCUGCUUGUCACCCUGCCACCCCCUCACCCCGCAGCUCAUCCCUGCCCGGGGGCUCCUCGGUGUACUUCAGCGCCAGUGAAGGUGGCAUCACCUCCCCUGACACAGUGAUGGUGACAGCCACCUCCACAGCCCCACUGGAAGGGGACAGCGAAGCCCACUCCUCCCCAGGAUGCCUGGCAGGAGGAGGGGGAAGAGAAGAGGAUUUAUCCCUCGGGACAGCGAGCAUCAGCUCCAUCCUGGGCUCUUGCACCCAUAGGCACCUGCAGAGUGGCUGCGGGGUGGCAGUUCCCCUCGAGGAGCUGUGUGUGGGGACAGAGGGAGCCCUUCUGGGGUGGCAUCACCUGCAGGACACCCACCCCUGUGGCACGCAGGGGGUCGUUGGCCUGAGGAGCAAGCUGAGGCCACCACGCUUCACCUCCACCCCCAAGGCUGACCCCAAAUGUCCCCAGCGAGGACUGAGGGACCCGGGAGAGGGGAAGGAUGUGUCUGGGAUGGUGGAGUGACCCUGCACUGUCACCGUGGGUCAGCACUGGGGUGGCUGCUCUGCUCGGUGAGAUGCAACAGGGAUGUUCAUGCUGACCUCAAAGCCUGUCCCCCUGCAUCGAUGUGGUCCUUUGUCAUCGGGAGGUCUCCUCUCCCCUCCUGGUGCAGCUUCUUCUCAUUCUUCUGGAGAACCUCAGUGGAUGGAAGGUCUAAAAAGCCUAGGUUUAGGUAUUUAUUACGUUUUUAACCCUAUGGGCAGCUGGAGCAUCCUGCCUUUUCUGCAUUGGAGAUGAUGUUGGGAAAGGUGGCCUUCAACAGUCAUACAAUCAUAGGAUUGUUUGAUUGGAAAGGACUCUUAAAGGUCGUCUAGUCCUCCUCCAAGGGCCUAGACAGGCUGCUGCCCAAAGCAGGAGCUGCUCAGGACAAACAAGUGCCUAAACCAGAAACAUGAUGGGUUUGAUCCCCCUCUGAGGGGCAGAGCAAGCCCUGCAUUAAGGCUCAGCAGUGCUUGAUCAAGUCUCCUCCCUCCAUGGAGAGCUUGGCCAUUUGCUGGGACUGCACAGGAGCCCAGUUCCUCUACAUAUCACAGGUGACAACCUCAGGACACUGAAUUACAGCCACGAGCAUUGUCUGUCAGAUUCCCCAUGGCUGCGGUGAUCGAGCCCUGGUGGGCACCUGGCUGCAGGAAAGCCUCCAGAAGGAUGGGCAAAGAAUUAUAGAAUGGUUUGGGUUGGAAGGGAUCCUUAAGAUCAUCCAGUUCCAACCCCCUGCUGUAGGCAGGGACACCUCCCUCUAGGCCAGGUUGCUCAC